CGCCGCCGUUUUUCUUCCACUGUGUCCCAACAUGUCUCUGCUAACCGGAACAUCUAUGUUCCACCUCAAACGAAGAGCUUUUAGUCAUUUUAGGAGCACAAAUGUGCAGAAAAGUGUCGGCGAGCCGCACUCGGUCACCGUGUGUCUGACAGCUUGGAAGCCUCCUGGAAGCGAGAGACAAAGAGCUGGAAGCCGAACAUGAGCCGAGUGUGGAGGGACACGUAUGACGUCGUCGUGGCACCGACCGUGGAGUGUGAAAAGGUUGAUUUUGUGCAUAUUUUGUGUCCAAAACGUGUCAGAAAAAACACAAAUGUAGCGGCGGCAGGCCAGCGCGAUGUGUUGCCUCUUUACGGUUCUCAUGGUGUCUAUAACCCCCGCCUCCUGCGUUCAGCUCGGAUAUUUUGAGACAAACAGACGCAGAAACAUGGCAGAAGAAGCUCCAGCAGCUGCACCGGCUAAAGCUCCGGCUAAAGCCCCGAAGAAGAAGGCUUCCAGGCCCAAGCAGGAUGGACCAAGCCUCCCGAAGCUCAUCGUCGCCGCUGUGGCCGAGUCUAAAGAGCGGAAGGGGAUCUCUCUGGCUGCAAUCAAGAAGGUUCUGGGGUCCAAAAAUAUGGAUGUGGCCAAGGCAAACAAACGCAUCAACACCGCUAUCACCAAGCUGGUGACUAAGGGGGUUCUGAGCCAGACUAAGGGCACCGGAGCCUCUGGCUCCUUCAAGCUCGCCAAGAAGGAGCCCAAAGUCUCCAAACCGGUCAAGAAGGUCAGCAAGAAGAAGGCUCCUGUCAAAGCCAAGAAACCCACUCCAGCUAAAGCUAAGAAACCUGUGGCGGCCAAGAAGGCACCAGCUAAGAAGACAUCGGUCAAGAGAUCCCCGAAGAAGGCAGCACCCAAGAAAGCUGUCAAAAAGGCACCGAAAAAGAGCCCCAAGAAGCCUGCAGCAAAGAAGCCCAAACCUGCAGCCAAGAAGCCUGCAGCAAAGAAAAGUGCAGCCAAGAAGCCCAAAGCUAAGAAAGCUGUCAAGAAGUGAAGCUGCUUCAUCUCCACUCACUCAUCACCAAAGGCUCUUUUCAGAGCCACCACAGCCUCCACUAAAGAGCUGCUGCCUCAUUACAUCAACACUCAUCACUGCUCUCAUUUUAAUGGAAACACUAAGUUCAGCUCAAAACUUCAACACUAAAAUAGUAGAUUUGCAUCGGCCUGUUAAAAAACAACUGGCUGUUGAUAUUGUACUGGAUAGAUUCCACUUGUUCAUAAAAAUUAACUAAAAUGUAAUCAGUUUGGAGCUGAGAAUGGGAAGUAUAAAUAUUUUGAGAUCAGUUUACUACCAUUUUCAAUAUAACUAUUUUAUAGUUUAAGCAUAAUUUGUUAUUCCAUGAUGUUGUGUAAAUUGCUUAUGCCUUAGAUAAUGUUCACCCUUUUUAAAGGAGCAGGACUGAGGAGGCACUAUUUACUGGUAGUUAAUAUUCUUUGUUAAAAAGAACAGACUAAAAUAUGAAUGUUAAAUUUGACAUGUUUUCAAUAGCCAUAAUACUGUACUGUAAACACAUAGUUGAACUCAAAAGAAAAUUGUCUACUUGCACUACUACUAAUAAACAAUUAGUUCAAACUGACA